AACCGAGGAACCCCAUCGACAUUUGGGUUAACAACGGCUAAUUAAUCGGUCGUGACGCGCGUGGACCGAAAUUUGGAUGAAGUUAAUGUAUCCAAAAUUGUUUGUUGAAGUAGAGAGUUAAGAGGAGUUAAGUAAAGAGGGCAGGAAUCGACAAAAACCCCACAAACAUGAGUCGUAACUGGGCGUACAGCCAGCAGCAGAGGUUGGUGUUGCAGCGGCAGCAGCAGGAGCAGCACCGGCAGGAGGAGGCUCGGCGCGUGUCCAGGGAGAGGCAGCUGCAGGCCGGGCUGCGGGACGAGGAGAGCUUCGAGAGGAAGAGAUACCUGCGACAGGUGCAGGAGGAGCUCAGGGAGAGGCAGAUGAAGAGCGCUCUGCUCAAGGCAGAGGAGGAGAGAAUAAACAGAGAAAAGCAGCUUGAACAAGAGGAGCGGAUGGCUAAAGAGCUGGCCCGCAUCAACUAUGAGACACAGAGAGAGGAGAAAAUGAGGCAGUAUAUUAAAGAGAACAGCAUGGAGCUUCGAGAGCUGGAGUCAAAGCUGAAGUCUGCGUAUCUGAAUAAGGAAAGAGCUGCACAGAUUGCUGAGCACGAAGCUGUGAAGUUUGAGACAAAGCGUGAAGAGGCAGACUUUGCUCGCAAGAUGAAGAGCGAACAAGAGCGAGCAGCCGCUGAGGAGCAGAAGCUGGGGCAGAAACGCCAAGAGGAGCUGGCGCAGUAUCAGAGGGAGCUGGAGCAGCAGCUCAUCGAGAGGGAGCGCGAGAGACAAGAGGCGUACGAGGAGUUCCUCAAAGAGAAGCUCAUGGUUGAUGAGAUUGUCAGGAAGAUUUACGAGGAGGAUCAGAUGGAGAGACAGCUGAAGCUGGAGAAGGUCAGAGCCACUCAGCUGCACAUCGAGGAAUUCAAGAGACAGCAGGCCGAGUGGAGACGCAUGGAGCAAGAGAGGAUGGAGGAAGAGAACAGACGCAUCAUGGAGUUUGCGAGCCAUCAGCAGCAGACGGAGCAGAUCAGAAUGGCGAAGAUCAGAGAAAGAGAAGAAGCAAAGGAGCAGCUUCACAAAAUGCUGUCUGAGAAGAUCGAAGAGGAGAGGCAGCAGCGAGAAGAGAUGGAGCGAGUCCGAGAGGAACUUUACUUAGAGGAACAAGAAGAGGCUAACAGGCAGAGAGACAUUGAAGACAUGGAGAAGAAAAUCCGACAGAGGCUGAUGAUGCAGCAGACCUGCCAAGAGCAGAUGGCCUUCAAAGAGAUGCGGAGGCAGGCGGAAAAAGAGGAAGAGGAGGCCUUCAAGAAGAUGAUGAUGGCCAAGUUUGCAGAGGACGAUCGGUUGGAGCAGAUGAGCGCCCAGAAACGACGCAUGAAGCAACUCGAGCACAAACGGGAGGUGGAAAAACUGAUAGAGGACAGAAGACGGCGGCAUGAGGCCGACAUGGAGCUGGAGGCUAAAGAAAGAGCCAUUGAGCAAGAGAGGGAGGCGCUGCGAAGACAGAUAAUUGAAGAAGAGAGGCAGCGACUUCUUAAACGUCACGCAACAAAACUCCUGGGAUACCUUCCAAAGGGUUUGCUCCGUGAAGACGACCUGCAGCACUUUGAUGAAGACUUCCAAAAAAACUUUAAAGCACGUCAGGUAGAUAUCCUCUCUGACGACGGCUGGGAAAGUGAUGAGUAA